CGACCCUCCCUGUGAGACUGGCGCCUCCUGAUGGAUCAGGGUAGUAGCGAGCAGACACCCGAGGAGACGGACACUGGGGGCCGAGCGGAGCCGGAGGUGGGCAGGAGAGCGUCGGAGUCAGAGCACGGCCUGUCCAAAAUUACCCACAAUGCCCUGGAGAACAUGGGUGCACUGGGACAGGGCCUGAAGCAGUUCUUCCAGCCUCAGCGCCGACGCUCGUCCGUCUCGCCGCACGACUCCGCCUCCUCCUCCGUAGCCGCCCCUGCUGCUGACCCCACAGAGGCGGGGCCAGAAUUGGGGGAGUCGACCGCCCCGAUGGUCGCUCUCACCGAUUCUGACCCCCCCACUGCUUCCGCCCCUCCUGCAGCUCUGAGCCGUGUGCUGCAGCAGAUCCGAGGCGCGCCCCCCAUGAUGAAGCGAGGGACCAGCCUGCAGAGUCGGCGCAGCAAGACCGGGGGCGGCGGGGAACCUCCCCAGAAAGGCAGCCCCCAGAUCCACAGGCGCAGUACCCAGGAGGCCCUUCUGCAGGCUGGCCGCCCACGUUCCUCCUCCACCACGGACACACCGAGCAGUCCAGCAUUAGUGGACAUGCUGUUGACCUCAGGCUACCAUUCGACUGAGGAAUCUGACCGGUUGGAUCGUUUGGAUGCGUCAGGUCAGGCAGUGUCACCUAAUGCCCUCUCCUACAGUUCAGACGGGGGCUCCUAUGGGGUAGACUCGGUAGAUGGGACACCGGAUCCUCAACGCACGAAGCAGGCCAUCUCUCAACUGCAGCAGAAGAUCCUUAAACUCACAGAGCAGAUUAAGAUAGAGCAGACGGCACGCGAUGACAAUGUGGCUGAGUACCUGAAGCUGGCCAACAACGCCGACAAGCAGCAGAGCGCUCGGAUCAAACAGGUGUUUGAGAAGAAGAACCAGAAGUCUGCUCAAACCAUCCAGCAGCUUCAGAGGAAGCUGGAGCACUAUCAUCGAAAGCUGAGAGAAGUGGAACACAAUGGCAUCCCGCGCCAGCCUAAAGACGUCCUCAGAGACAUGCACCAGGGCCUGAAGGAUGUGGGCGCUAAGGUUCUUCUUCUUCUUCUUCUUAAACUGUUGUCAGUCACCGGUGGCCUGUCCAGUUUCUCCCAUGCCACACAUUCAGCUGCAGGAGCAGUGGUGUCUAAACCUAGAGAGAUCGCCUCACUCAUUCGAAACAAGUUCGGCAGCGCUGACAACAUCUCCGCCCUUAAGGACUCUCUGGACGAGCCACAAGGGGAUGAAGCUGUGCCUGGAGCCGGGGCGGGGGCCCGAGCGCUGGGGUCUGGCCAGCUUCAGUCCAGCCCUAAGUACGGUAGUGAGGAUGAUUGCUCCAGUGCCACCUCAGGCUCUGCGGGAGCGAAUAGUACCACAGGGGCCCCUGGAGGUCCUCCCAGCUCCAAGGGCAACACGCUGGAGCAUGCACAGAGCUCAGGCUUUGACGCACUUCUGCACGAGAUACAGGAACUUCGGGACAACCAGGGACGCCUGGAAGAGUCCUUUGAGAACCUAAAGACCCAUUAUCAGAAUGACUACACCGUCAUUAUGCAAGCACUGCAGGAGGAGCGCUACAGGUGUGAGCGCUUAGAGGAGCAGCUGAAUGAUCUCACUGAGCUCCAUCAGAAUGAAAUCCUAAACCUGAAACAAGAGCUAGCCAGCAUGGAGGAGAAAAUCGCUUACCAGUCUUAUGAGAGAGCUAGAGAUAUCCAGGAAGCGCUCGAGGCCUGUCAGACCCGUAUCUCUAAGAUGGAGCUGCAGCAGCAGCAGCAGCAGGUCGUACAACUGGAGGGUCUGGAGAACGCCACGGCGCGCACUCUGCUGGGCAAACUGAUCAACGUGCUGUUGGCCGUCAUGGCGGUGCUGCUGGUUUUCGUGUCCACGGUGGCCAAUUGCGUGGUGCCGCUGAUGAAGACGCGCAGCCGCACCCUCUCCACGCUGCUCCUCGUCGUCCUCCUGGCGUUCCUCUGGAGGAACUGGGAGGCCAUCUCGCAGUACCUGGACCGUUUCCUGUUGCACCCCAGAUGACCUGUAGGGGAGAAUGCUCUGAUGAUGAAGGGACCAGGGCAAUGUGAAGGGGGAGUAGACUAACACACUGCCUCAGCUGCACUGAGCACAACGA